CACCAACUCCAGUUUUGGUUCUCUCCAGCCUGCAGCCAUAAAAGUUGCUGUUCAGCUUUCACCAAUUCUAGUUUUGGUUCUCUCCAGCCUCUAUAAAUACCUUUAAGAAUUCAUCUACUCACGUCAAAGAGAAGAUAAGUCGUGCUAUUAGAAAUAGUAAGAAAAUUGAAGGAGUUGUGUUUAGGACAAGAGAAGAUCAGGCUGUUAUUCCAAAGAAGAUGUGGUUGAUCACAAAGAUGAAACUCUUGCAAAUUUUAGUGUUCCUGCUUUUUGGUGGUGGAAUCCAUUGCCAAGCUUCAGUACAUCGGCAUACUUUUGUGGUGAAGGAAGCUUUAUAUACAAGGCUUUGUAACACCAAGAACAUCUUAACAGUAAAUGGACAAUUUCCGGGACCAACUAUAUAUGCUAAGAAAGGAGAGAUUAUCAUUGUCGACAUUUAUAACAGGGGAAAAGAAAACGUCACCAUUCAUUGGCAUGGGGUGAAAAUGCCCAGAUAUCCAUGGACGGAUGGUCCUGAGUAUAUCACACAAUGCCCAAUUCAACCAGGGUCAAAGUUUAGCCAGAAGAUCAUCCUUUCCUCUGAGGAAGGCACUCUAUGGUGGCAUGCUCAUAGUGAUUGGACCCGAGCCACCGUUCAUGGAGCUAUAAUCGUCUAUCCUAAGAAUGGAACCAAGUAUCCUUUUCCCAAACCUAAUGUAGAAGUUCCCAUCAUAUUAGGAGAAUGGUGGAAGAGUGAUGUGAAUGCGGUUCGAGAUGAAGGGCUUGCAACCGGAGCUGACCCCAAUAUCUCUGAUGCUUUCUUGAUAAAUGGACAACCUGGUGAUCUACAUCCAUGCUCAAAAUCAGGCACAUUCAAGCUAACUGUGGAUCAUGGCAAGACCUAUCUGCUUCGCAUAAUCAAUGCUGCCUUGCAGGAGGCUCUCUUCUUCUCCAUUGCCAAGCAUAAAAUGAUAGUGGUUGGAACAGAUGGUAGCUACACGAAACCAUUGACACGAGAUUAUAUCAUAAUAUCACCUGGCCAAACCUUCGAUGUCAUAUUAGAAGCUAACCAACGCCCGAAUCACUAUUACAUGGCGGCUAGAGUUUAUUCCGUUGCUCCGCUAGGUAAUUAUGAUAACACAACCACCACAGCUAUUGUACAGUACAGGGGAUACUACACUUCAUCUUCACCUCCCUCCUUGCCUCAUCUUCCUAGAUACAAUGACACAAAUGCAUCGGUUCACUUCACCGGCCGCCUCCGAAGCUUAGGGGAUGCGAAACAUCCUUGUAAUGUCCCAUUGAGCAUGAGCACUAAAUUGAUUUACAUCAUUUCUAUGAACACAUUCCCAUGCGCUGAUAAUUCAUGUACAGGGCCCAAUGGGACGAAAUUCUCCGCAAGUAUAAACAACAUAAGCUUCCAAUCCCCUAGAAUUGACAUACUGAAAGCUUACUAUUAUAACAUCAGUGGUGUAUAUGGAGAUAAAUUUCCUAGCAUUCCAAAAAUGGUGUACGAUUUUACAUCUGAGUAUCCUCCAUUGGAGUAUCAGAUGUCGAGAAAGGGAACAGAAGUAAGGGUGCUUGAGUAUAACUCUACAGUGGAGAUUGUUUUUCAAGGGACAAACUUGGUUGCAGGGACACACCACCCCAUGCAUCUCCAUGGAUACGAUUUCUAUGUUGUUGGAUGGGGAUUUGGGAAUUUCGAUAAAAAUAAGGACCCUUUACGCUAUAAUCUGGUGGAUCCUCCUAUUCAGAAUACCAUCUUUGUUCCUACGAAUGGUUGGGUUGCAGUUAGAUUCAAGGCGUCUAACCCUGGAGUGUGGUUCAUGCACUGCCAUUUAGAGCGCCAUCUGACUUGGGGCAUGGACACUGUAUUCAUAGUGAAAAAUGGUAAACACCCAGAAGCUCAAAUGCUGCCUCCUCCAUCGGACAUGCCACCAUGUUGAAGCUACAAAGCAAUAACAUGCCCAAGAUUUUAUUGAAUAUUUCAACUUUCAUUAUUUAUUAUGUUAAAAAAAAUGUUGACUAAGUUAGUAUUACUUUUCAAGUGAGAUAAGAAAAAAAAUGUAAAGUUGUAGAAUAUUGUGUCUAGGAUUAUUAAUUUGUCAAUUUCUUGGAUUGUUAAAAGUCUAUAAAGAUAAUGGACUUUGAAUAAUCUUUGAGAUACUGUAUGGUGGAAUUUGCCUCGGAAACCUUUGAUUAUGAAAAGAGAAAUUGAGUCUAACCCCACUGAAAGAA